UCAUUACGAAGUGUGUCAAGUGUGGCAUUGUAUAGUGAAUGAAUUUACUGAAAAAUGGUUAAAUCGACAUUGUUUUUGAUCAUUGUGCUAGUGACUGCAUGCAGAAUCUCAGCACAAGGUUGUACUAGAUCACCAUGUGGCAUAGGUGCAAUGUGUUACGAAACAACGGGAGGUAGGCCGGUCUGCUCAUGUCCAGCUGGAUACAGUGGGAAUCCUUUGACACAAUGCAGAAGAUCGGAAUGCUUAGACCACAUUGAGUGCAACGGCAAUAAGGCUUGCAGGAAUGGGAACUGCAUUAAUCCAUGCUCAGGAGUGUGCGGUAUCAAUGCUAACUGUGAGGUUCGAAAUCAUGUUCCAGUUUGUAGCUGUCCAAGGGACAUGACUGGCGAUCCUUUUGAAAGUUGCCAUAUCAAAGAUCCGGAGGAACUUUGUCAUCCAAGCCCAUGUGGUUCGAACACUAGAUGUGAGGUGAUAAACCGCGUACCAACAUGUUCGUGUCUUCCCGGUUUCAUUGGAUCUCCACUGUCCGGAUGCCGACAUGAAUGUGAAAGUGACAUCGAAUGCGGCACUCGGGAGUUUUGUUCGCAGUUCAAAUGUUCUAACGCUUGUUCACAAUGUGGUAAAGGGGCAACGUGUAAUCAUGUAACGCAUCAUCGUGCAGUUUGCGAGUGUCCAAAAGGCUACAUUGGCAGCCCGUAUACUGAAUGCCGAGCGGAAUGUUAUGGAGAUAGUGAGUGUCCCCCAGAAAAACCUGCCUGCGUUUAUGGUAUAUGUAGGAAUCCUUGUGAUGGAUCAUGUGGAUUUAAUGCAAACUGCAAAUUAAAAGGUCUUACACCUGUAUGCAGUUGUCCCCGUGAUAUGACUGGUGACCCAUUUGUUAGCUGUCGACUAUUCACUAAAGAAGACUUAUGUAAUCCGAAUCCAUGUGGAUUAAAUGCAAUUUGCACACCAGGCUACGAUCGUAGUAAUAGAGAAAGACCUGUUUGUACUUGCCCAGCGGGGUAUACCGGCAACGCACUUUCAAACUGUGUAAAGGGAGAAUGCCAGAGCGACAGUACAUGUGGUGACGACAAAGCUUGUAUUAACUAUUUGUGCAUUGACCCAUGUGCUGGACAAUGUGGAACAGGUGCUCAGUGCCAGGUAAAAAGGCAUAUUGCCGUGUGCACCUGUCCGUUGGGAACAGAAGGCGAUGCGUUGAUACUUUGUAGAGCAACAAAAAGUUACCCCAUAGCAAGAUAUCAUUAAAAAGCCCGAACAUCGUGUAACUGUAGCUACGGGCACAACGAAUAGGGCAGACGAGAUGAUACAUCACUCGAUUUUAUACGAAAUUAUUAAUAUUUUAACAAACACCUAAUACCCGGUUGGUUAUUUCUAAAUACUCUAUUGUAUAACAGAGCUGUACAAAACCAAACAAAUAAUCGAAAUGUGCAUAUCUUUGCUGGUCCAAUAUAAUUAGAACCUGAACGCAAUGGACUCGUUCAAAUAAUCAAUUAAAAUUUUUAACAGCUAUUUUAAAUGUGGAGUUAUAUAAGACAACGCACGUGAAUUCGCAGUUUACGUAGCAUAGCGUUGGCGCAGUGUAUUUCAUAUAUUGCAUACUAAUGACCCUCAGGCCGCUAAAAUAAAAUUGUUUAAAUCAAAGCUGGAAUAUUACCUAAAAGUAAUUUUUAUUAUUUACUAGCCACGCUCAUUGACCAUAAGAAAAUAAAAACAAAAACAGCAAAAAAUAAAGGAAAUCCGUAACCGAGUCCGUAACCAAAUUGUAUAAUUUCCAAAUAGCUGUAAU